GAAGUACUACCUACCUCGUCAAUUGAGUGGGGCCCCAGCGUCAGGAGCCGAUCGACAGUCGCGAAUCGUUGCGCUGUCAUCAACUCCAGAUGGGAACAACAAGAUCUUUAAUUCCUCGUAAUUGACGACUUUACUUCUCGACGACAAUUAACGCGCUGUAGUGGUCCGGUAAGGAGCCGAACCUGCAGCAGAUUUACCCGCCGGCCCACUGGCACCCGGAAGAAUGCCCCGGCCGAACUGACUGCAUCAUAACUCCCCGCGGAAAGCGUCCCUGAUACGCAACAAAACGGUGCCGUUCCCUCCGAGCUACCGAUUCCGCGAGGUAUAGCUCCCGUGCCCGUGUUUCCGGGCCUGUGUCUGCUCGCCUCGACCUCGGUGCUUCGAUUCCUUCAUUAUAAAGUCCUUUGAACACAACCUUCGCUAUGGCUUCCCUCCAGUUUGUGGUGUCGUCUUUAGAGACGAUAGCCAAGGACUCUCAUCGCAACAAACAACUCUCAGAAUCGGUGCAAACCGCUCUGGCAGCCAUCAAAGAGAGUGAUCCCCAGCUGCCAGACCCUGAAGUCAUAUUUGCACCAUUACAGCUGGCCACCAAGUCUGGGAGCGUUCCCCUGAUCACCAACGCACUCGACUCCAUUGGAAAGCUUACAUCUUCAUCCUACUUCUCGCAGCUAUCCUCUCAAGAGGGUUCGGCCGAACGCGCACCCCUCAUCGAGCGAGCAAUUGAUACUAUAUGCGACUGUUUUCAAGGCGAAACCACGCACGCAGAUGUGCAGUUACAAAUAGUUAAAUCUCUGCUGGCCGCUGUGCUCAACGACAAGAUCAUCGUGCAUGGUGCAGGUCUGCUCAAAGCAGUCCGCCAGGUCUACAAUGUCUUUCUUCUUUCGAGGAGCCCGGUAAAUCAGCAAGUGGCACAGGGCACAUUGACGCAGAUGGCUGGAACCGUGUUCGAGAGGGUCAAGACAAGGUUGCACAUGAAAGAGUCACGGCUCAACCUUUCCAGACUGGCCCAAAGCUCUAGCAAGCUGACCCUCGAGGUUCAAGAAUCGAUCAAUGGGUCCUCUGCUCCUUCCGCUGACUACGACGACCGAGACUCCGACGCGGGCGGUGAGACUCCGGUGGAGAGGCGCGACGAAGACGCCAAGCUCACAAUCAAGGACCUCGAAAAGAUGAAGAACUUCGAUGACUCGGGAUUGGGAGAUGGGCCGACCAUGGUCAGCCAGGUAAAGCCUGCAAAGAGAGUGGCAAGAUCCAUAUCGGAAAACACACAAGGGGAUGCCUCGCUAGACGACAGUCCAGAAGCACUGGAUGCGGAAGACGAGGUGUACAUCCGUGAUGCAUACCUCGUCUUCCGGUCUUUCUGCAAUCUGUCCACCAAAGUCCUCUCCCAAGAUCAGCUCUACGACCUCAGGGGCCAAGCGAUGAGGUCAAAAUUAAUUUCUCUUCACCUGAUUCAUACAUUGUUACACAGCAACAUUGCGGUUUUCGUGUCGCCAUUAUGUACCAUCACCAACACCAAGAACAACGAGCCGACAAGUUUUCUAGAAGCCAUCAAGUAUUACCUCUGUCUUAGUAUUACCAGGAACGGCGCGAGUUCUGUAGAUAAGGUCUUCGACGUGACCUGCGAGGUUUUCUGGUUGAUACUAAAGUUCAUGAGGGCAUCUUUCAAGAAAGAGAUAGAGGUCGUGUUGAACGAAAUCUACCUGGCAUUACUGGCGAGGAAGACUGCACCGCUCUCGCAGAAGCUGUACUUUGUCGGUAUUCUCAACCGGCUGUGCGCGGAUCCACGAGCGCUGGUCGAGGUCUACCUUAACUACGAUUGUGACCGUAAUGUCGACAACAUCUUCCAGACACUCAUUGAGGACCUCUCAAGGUUUGCCACUGCGCCAGUGGCAAUAACCCCUGCACAGGAGCAGCUUUUCGAGGAAAGGCACUCAAAAGGGAACCAAGCAACAGACUGGCAGACGAAGGGGGCAAUGCCGCCUCCGUUGUCGGCCACCCAGAUUGCGCCCCAGAACGAAAUAGAAUCCGACAUACCAAAAGAAUAUGCAAUCAAGCGCAUGUCCCUUGACUCCCUAGUUGAAGCACUUCGGUCACUCGUCAACUGGUCGCAGUCGGGCCGGCCAGAUGGUAAUGCGGGCACAGUAAACGAGUCCGAGAGGAGGUCGUCCCUCGAAGACGCAAGGGAUUCCAUCGAUCCCUCGUACAGCGAAGGUCUCUCCAGGGGCGACACGCCAGCCUUACCAUCAACACCCGUUAUUGACGAUGAUCCUGAACAUCUCGAGAAGGAAAAGGCGCGCAAGACGGCGAUGACGAAUGCUAUCAAAGUCUUCAACUUCAAACCCAAAAAGGGCAUUGCACUUUUACUCAAAGAGGGUUUCAUCGCAAGUGAUCGUCCAGAAGACAUUGCCAAGUUCCUCAUCCAGGAAGAGCGCUUGGACAAGGCGCAGAUUGGAGAAUAUCUUGGUGAAGGAGAACCCAAAAACAUUGAGAUUAUGCAUGCCUUCGUGGACACGAUGGACUUUACCAAACGACGUUUCGUGGACGCUUUGCGGCAGUUCCUGCAAUCGUUCCGUUUGCCUGGUGAGGCGCAGAAGAUUGAUCGGUUCAUGUUGAAGUUUGCCAAUCGAUAUGUGAUGGGCAACCCAAACGCGUUUGCCAACGCUGACACGGCAUAUGUGUUGGCUUACUCAGUCAUUCUGCUCAACACUGACCUUCACAGUAGCAAAAUAGCCAGGCGCAUGUCCAAGGAAGACUUCAUCAAGAACAACCGUGGCAUUAACGACAACGCAGAUCUCCCAGAGGAAUAUCUCAUUAGUAUCUACGACGAGAUUGCCUCCAAUGAGAUCGUUCUCACUAGCGAGAGGCAGGCCGCUGCUGCUGCUGGUACCGUUCCACCUCAAGCGACCGGGAUUGCUGCGGGCAUCGGCCAGGCCUUUUCGAGUAGAGACUAUCAAAGGGAGGCAUACGUACAGCAGUCGGAGGAAAUCUCGCUUCGUUCAGAGCAACUUUUCAAGAAUCUCUUCAAGAGCCAGCGCCGGAACGCUGAGAUGGCGGGCAUCAAGUUCAUCCCAGCAACCUCGUUCAAGCAUGUAGGGCCCAUGUUUGACGUUACGUGGAUGUCUUUCUUUUCAGCAUUGUCUAGCCAACUCCAAAAGGCACUUAAUCUGGAAGUGAUCAAGCUGUGCCUUGAAGGGAUGAAGCUAGCCAUCAAGAUUGCUUGCUUUUUUGAUCUGCCGACCCCUCGAGAGGCGUUUAUCUCGGCAGUCAAGAACACCGCAAAUCUCAACAACCCACAGGAGGUGUUUGCCAAAAAUCUAGAGGCGCUACGAGUACUUCUCGAGCUUGGCUAUACAGAAGGAAACUAUCUCAGGCAAUCUUGGAAGGAUAUCUUGAUGUGCGUCAGUCAACUGGAGAGGUUGCAGCUGAUGGCGGGAGGAGUAGACGCAAACUCGGUGCCCGAUGUGUCAAAGGCAAGGUUCCAGCCACCAGCACGAGAUAAUCCUAGUGACGCCAGGAAAUCAGCAGCCACAAAGCGUCAGAGGCAGCGCUCAAAUACUGCUACUCACGGCCUCAACACAGAUAUUGCGUAUGAGAUUUUGUCGGACGAGAUGAUCAAGAGUAUGGACAGGAUCUUCACCAAUACGGCAAAUCUUAACGGCGAUGCGAUCGGGCAUUUUGCCCGAGCUCUGACAGAAGUUAGCUGGGACGAGAUCAAGGUCUCAGGCUCCAACGACCAGCCGCGAAUGUACAGCCUCCAAAAAAUUGUCGAGAUCAGCUACUACAACAUGACGCGAGUGCGCUUUGAAUGGACCACGAUCUGGGAUGUUCUUGGGGAUCACUUCAAUAACGUCGGCUGCCACAUCAAUGAAGCCAUUGUCUUUUUUGCAUUGGAUUCGUUGAGACAGCUCUCCAUGCGCUUCAUGGAGAUUGAGGAAUUACCAGGCUUCAAGUUCCAGAAGGACUUCCUGAAGCCGUUUGAACACGUCAUGUCCAAUUCGAGUAACAUUCGGGUCAAGGACAUGGUUCUGCGCUGCCUAAUCCAGAUGAUCCAGGCAAGGGGUGAGAACAUUAGAUCCGGCUGGCGGACUAUGUUUGGCGUAUUUACGGUUGCAGCAAGGGAUCCAUCCGAAAGCAUUGUCAGCAUGGCAUACGAGAACGUCUCGCAUGUCUACAAGACGCGGUUUGGAGUUGUUAUCUCUCAGGGAGCCUUCACGGACCUGAUUGUCUGUCUGACCGAGUUUUCCAAGAACAUGAAGUUCCAGAAGAAAAGCUUGCAGGCAAUGGAGACACUCAAGUCAAUCAUUCCACGCAUGCUCAAGGCCCCUGAGUGUCCGCUGUCACGCAAGUAUACAUCCAACAACCAGCUCAAGGAAGCUAGCACCAUUGAAUCCCCCAUAAAAUCACCCGGUCAGAGUCGGACGUCGAUCGAGGAGGCUUUCUGGUUCCCUGUGCUCUUUGCCUUCCACGACGUCCUCAUGACGGGUGAGGAUUUGGAGGUGCGGUCUAAUGCGCUCAACUAUUUCUUCGAGGCACUUCUCCGUUAUGGUGGAGAUUUCCCCCCAGAGUUUUGGGACACGUUGUGGAGGCAGCAGUUGUACCCUAUCUUUAUGGUGCUCCGAUCACGUCCUGAGAUGUCCAACGUCCUCAACCACGAGGAACUGUCCGUCUGGCUGUCUACAACAAUGAUUCAGGCUCUGCGCAACAUGAUCACCCUCUUCACCCACUAUUUUGAUGCCCUCGAGUACAUGCUCGACAGGUUCCUGGAGCUGCUUGCGCUUUGUAUCUGUCAAGAGAAUGACACGAUAGCAAGGAUAGGCAGCAAUUGUCUGCAGCAGCUCAUUCUCCAGAAUGUGACCAAGUUUACGCCUGAGCAUUGGGCCAAGAUUGUCGGCGCAUUUUGCGAGCUCUUUGAGCGGACAACGGCAUAUCAACUGUUCUCUGCAACAACUAUUAACUCGACCGCAUCCUUGUCGCUCUCGCCACCUCCAAGUGGUCUAGACUUUGGCGGUCCACUAAGCCCGGGCUUGGAUUCGCCCAAGUUGGACGAGAAGUCAUUGAAGAUCAAUGGCGGCGAAGAGAAUGGAUACUUGUCCGACGGCGAGUCUACCGUCGAUACCUCAGCCGAAGCCGGGGAAGACCCUCUCAAGACACCAACAGCUCAUCCCUCACAGACGGUGGUGGCAGCAGCAACAGACAAUGUGCCCUCGCCUGUGCUAGAAGACUACAAACCGUCUUCUCAUCUGCAGCAACAACCGGUAGUGGUAACGGCUGCGCGACGCCGCUUCUUCAAUCGCAUCAUCUCACGUUGCGUACUACAGCUCUUGAUGAUUGAGACGGUCAACGAGCUCUUUAGCAACGAGGCUGUGUACGCGCAGAUUCCAUCCUCUGAACUUCUGCGGCUGAUGGGUCUGCUCAAGAAGUCUUUCCUCUUUGCGCGACGGUUUAACAAUGACAAAGAGUUACGCAUGCGACUCUGGCGUGAAGGCUUCAUGAAACAGCCGCCGAAUCUGCUCAAACAGGAGAGCGGCUCUGCUGCAACGUAUAUUGCCAUUCUGUUCCGGAUGUUUGCGGAUCAGGCGCCUGGGCGCAGGGAGAGCAAGUCAGACGUGGAGAAUGCUCUUGUACCUCUCUGCAAGGACAUCAUUCGCGGCUAUAUAUCACUUGAAGAAGAAAGCCAGCAUAGAAACAUCUUGGCAUGGCGGCCAGUCGUAGUGGACGUACUGGAAGGCUAUGCAGCACUUCCCGAAUCGGCGUUCCGUAAUCACGCCAAAGCGUUUUACCCCCUCGUCGUCGAUCUCGUGGCCAAGGAGCUGAGCGGCGAACUGAGGUCGGCUCUGCUGCUCGUGCUGCGCAGGGUGGGCGAGUACGAGCUCGGUAUCGAAGGAAUGGCAACGUCGUCAUCGUACAACCACCGUGGUCAUAACAGGAGCGACAGCGUCGUUACAAUGUCAACCGAGGGCGGUGGCGGGGGGCACAGUCCAUCGGUCGAGGUGGAGAGUGGCGAUGCCAGUUCGAGGUUUAUGGGGAGGGGUGGGCAAUAGCUUUGACACUUAGUUUGUAGGUGAGGGUACUGUUUAUUCUGUUUGUACUAUACAUCAUAUAGAGAAAUCAAGAAACAAAAGGUGAGGCAGUUGGAAGAUGAAUUUUGGGAGUAGUGGUCCUGUUGAGAUUUUGUUCGCUUUAGUGCGCGUCAUGUUAGCAGUAUACCUACGUAACAUUUCAUCUCAUCGCCUUGGCGUGGUAGGGUGGUUUUUUUUUUUUUUUUUGCCUAGCUUUUUCGUCGUUCUUUGUAUCCAG